GUUUUUUCCCUUUGGUUUGAAAUCGGAGAAGCAGGUGCUUUAUUGCGCCCUUGUUAUUUUCUGUGUUGCUGAUUCCCACGAAGACCUAGCACAUCCCUCGAUCUGUUCUCUACAUCGUCGUCGUCCUCGUCCUCGUCCUCUUCCUCCUCUACACCAUCAUGGCGAGCGCCUUGAGACCAUCAGUAAGGCGCUUCGCGACGACCGCAAUUCGAGCCGCCUCCGCUGCGAGCACCGAAGCGUCCACAACCAAUGCCUAUGGGAUCCGAGUAUCCCAAGCUCAAGGAGUUGUGGACCAGUUGACCGGAGCAAUCGGCAACACACCCCUCAUCCGACUCCGGCACCUCUCGGAACAGACGGGUUGUAACAUCCUGGGCAAGGCGGAGUUCCAAAACCCGGGGGGGAGCGUCAAGGACCGGGCGGCUCUGUACGUGGUCAAGGACGCCGAGGAGCGAGGCCUACUCAAGCCGGGGGGCACCGUGGUCGAGGGGACGGCGGGCAACACGGGCAUCGGGCUCGCCCACGUCUGCCGCGCCCGCGGGUACCGGCUGGUCAUCUACAUGCCCAACACGCAGUCCCAGGGCAAGAUCGACCUCCUGAGGUUGCUGGGCGCCGAGGUCUACCCCGUGCCCGCGGUCGCGUGGGAGAACCCGGAAAACUACAACUGGCAGGCCAAGCGGCACGCCGAGCGGGUGCAGGGCGAAGACCCCGAGCGCGGGGCCGUGUGGACGAACCAGUUCGACAACGUGGCCAACCGGCGGGCGCACGUCGAGACCACGGGCCCGGAGAUCUGGGCGCAGACCGAGGGUGGCGUCGACGCCUUCACCUGCGCCACGGGCACGGGGGGGACCCUGGCCGGAACCACGAGGUACCUGAAGGACGUGAGCGGCGGCAAGGUCAAGUCCUUCCUGGCCGACCCUCCCGGGUCGGUCCUGUACUCGUACGUCAGCUCGGGCGGGCAGCUGAAGGAGAGGCAGGGAGGGAGUAUCACGGAAGGCAUCGGGCAAGGGAGGGUGACGGAGAAUUUGAAGACCGAAGUCGACGAACUCGACGGUGCCUUGACGAUCUCGGACGAAAAGACCAUCGAGAUGGUUUAUCGGUGCCUGGACGAAGAAGGUCUGUACCUCGGGGCGAGCAGUGCCUUGAACGUCGUGGCGGCCAAAGAGGUCGCGGAGAAACUGGGCCCCAACCACACCGUCGUCACGGUGCUCUGUGAUGGCGCCUACAGGUACGCCGAUCGUCUGUUCAGUGGGAAGUGGCUGGAGAGCAAGAAGUUAAAGGAUGCCAUACCGGAAAGGUUGAGAAGGUAUAUUGUUUUGCCAUGAUUUGGUCAUUGAUUAUCGAUUCUUGAAUAUCGAAUCAUGACCCUUGAAAAUGAGAAAUCUCAAUCGAUCACCGUAUGGACAAUACACUUGAGAGGUAUCACUAUUACCACCCUCAUCACAACAACCCAGGUUGUUUCGGAUGUUCUUUUGUGUUUUUUCUUUCCCUCUUCGUUUCUUGGUAUCCGGGAUAUCAUGCCACCGCACCGUAUCUCCCAUCACCCAUGGCAAAUGACUCCCUGGGUUGUUGAGGGUGAAAUCAACCAAACUGACAAUCAAAACUCCAAAUGUCCCAACCUGGUACGUGACAGGUGUUUGCGGUAUUGUCGAUCUCGAGUUUCGUUUCACCACUACAAUCCGGGGUGUUGUACAAUGUACAAGUUGAGAAUGAUCCUGUACACUCAGAAAUCCACACGUGAUUGACCUAGGAAACACGACGAGGGAUGGAGAUUUUGGUCAGUCGCAAGACAGAGACAGAUGCAGAUGCAGACACAGACACGGUGGGGAAGGGGGUGAGGAAGUAAAAGCAAAAGACAAGGAGUGGGGGGGAAACAGAAACUCACGGCACUACUGUCAUUCCAUUGAAUUCCCAAGACUUGUUCCCUGGUGGAAAUGGAAUUACAUGCCGGGUCUCGGACGAUUCCUUCCCACAAGGCCGAAGUGGUGCAUGUACCUUGACCGAAUUGAAAGAUGCAACAUUCCGUACAUGUUGAGCUGUUAUGGUUUUGUUUCACACUUGUCAGUACUCGAGUACCUCCAUUGUACAGGUACACCUAUACAGGUAAAAAGGAAGAUUCAGAAAUCCCCCCCCAAAAAAACAAAAUACUUACCAACCUGGGGCGUAUGGUGAUUGUGUAGAUGGACAUGUUGCAAUGGUUGAAUUGGUUAGGACGACAAGGAUCGUGAGGACCAUCAGGGUGAGUGUUGAAAAGAUGGAGGGAGAGGAGGACGACAACAAGGAAGAGAAGGAUGUGGAGGAAAUGUUUGAUUUGUUUCGUGUGAAGAAGAAGAAGAAGAAGAAGAAGAAGAAGAAGAAGAAGAAGAA